GCGCGAGCGGCCGGCCGGCAGGGGGCGGCGCUGGGGCGCGCGGGCUGGGCUGGGCGGGGAAGACCCGGCGCGCUGUUUCCCACGCAGCGCAGGAACGCCACGCUCCCUCCCUCCCUCUCCUUGGCUGGCUCUCCUCCUGCUGCCAGCUUCGCAUCCUCGCCUCGCGCUGUGGUGGACGGAGGCCCCCCGAGGAUGGCGCGGCGCGUGGCCCCGCGGCUGCUCCUGCUCCUGCUGCUGGCGUUGGGAGCUUGCAGGGCGGGGCGCACCGGCAGAGAGACCCGGAGCGCUUCCGGGGGGCCCCUGCGGGAGGGCGCCUCCCUGCUCAGCACCUCCUUCGUCCUGAAAGGCGACGCCAUCCACAACCAAGCGAUGGUCCACUGGACGGGCGACAACAGCAGCGUUAUUCUGAUCCUCACCAAGUACUACCACUCUGAUAUGGGCAAAGUAUUGGAGAGUUCUUUGUGGAGAUCCUCAGAUUUUGGAACACUGUACACCAAGUUGAAUCUACAGCCAGGGAUUGCUACAGUAAUUGAAAACUUUUACAUCUGCCCUACUAACAAAAAAAAGAUCAUUCUUGUAAGUUCUUCCCAUAAUGACCUGGACCAGAGUCUUUUCAUUAGCACAGAUGAAGGAGCUACCUUUCAAAAGCAGCCCAUUAGUUUCUUUGUGGAAACAUUGAUUUUUCACCCAAAGCGAGAAGACAAAGUGCUUGCCUAUACAAAGGAGGGACAGCUCUUUGCAUCUCUUGACUUGGGGGUACAAUGGACUCUCCUGCAGGAUUAUGUCACAAAAGACCAUAUCUUUUGGGCUAUUGAUGGAGUUGAUGGAGACCCUAAUGUGGUUCAUAUGGAAAUCCAGGAUCCCGCUGGAGAUUUUCGCUACAUGGCAUGUCAUCUUCUGAACUGCUCUGAUAAAACACUGAGAUCGACCUUCUCUGGUAGCAUUGACAAGAACACUUUAACAGUGCAGGAUAACUACAUAUUCCUCCAGACAUCAUCAGCAAAUCAAACAAAAUAUUAUGUGUCUUACCUUCGGAAUGAGUUUAUACAGAUGAAAUUGCCAAAAUACGCUUUGGCCAAGGAUUUACAGAUUAUCAGCACUGAUGAGAGCCAAGUGUUUGUUGCUAUCCAGGAGUGGUAUCAGACUGACACGUACAACCUCUACCAGUCUGACCCACAGGGUAUUUCCUAUUCCAUCGUAUUAGAGAAUGUCAGGAGCACUAAGCAACCUGAAGAGAAUGUGCUAAUAGAUAUCCUGGAGGUGAGAGGUGUCAAAGGAGUGUUUCUGGCCAAUCAAAAGAUAGAUGGAAAAGUCACAACUCUAAUAAGUUUCAACAAAGGCCGUAAUUGGGGCUAUCUUACACCUCCAGCUGUUGAUAUGAAUGGUAAACCAACUGACUGCAAAUUGCCCGAUUGCCACCUUCACCUCCAUCUCCGCUGGCCCGACAAUCCAUAUGUGUCAGGAAUGGUUCAUACCAAGGAUACAGCACCAGGACUCAUAAUGGGGGCAGGAAAUCUAGGUGCCCAGCUUGUUGAAUAUAAAGAAGAAAUGUAUAUAACAUCCGACUGUGGCAAAACCUGGAGGCAGGUUUUUGAAGAGGAGCAUCACAUCUUGUAUCUGGAUCAUGGUGGAGUGAUUGUGGCCAUCAAAGACACAUCUAUUCCACUUAAAAUACUCAAAUUCAGUGUGGAUGAAGGCCAAACAUGGAACACUCAUAACUUUACUAGCACUUCAGUUUUUGUGGAUGGCCUACUCAGUGAACCUGGGGAUGAGACUUUAGUCAUGACAGUCUUUGGACACAUAAGUUACCGCUCUGACUGGGAGCUUGUGAAAGUAGAUUUCCGUCCAUUUUUCCAACGUGAAUGUACUGAUGAAGACUAUGAACCAUGGGACUUGACAAAUCUACAGGGUGAUCGUUGCAUCAUGGGUCAGCAGAGAAGUUUUCGUAAGAGGAAGAGCUCAUCGUGGUGCAUUAAAGGAAGAAGCUUUACGUCAGCACUCACUUCCAAAGUCUGUGAAUGUAGACCUUCUGACUUUUUAUGUGAUUAUGGAUUUGAGCGUUCAGCAUUACCAAAAUCCGAAUAUAGUGCAUGCUUUGCUGAUUUCUGGUUUAAUCCCGGAACACCUCCUGAAGACUGUGUCUUAGGACAGGCCUAUAGAAGCAGCACAGGAUAUCGCAAAGUUAUUUCUAAUGUGUGUGAGGGUGGUGUAGACUUACAGCAAAAUAUAUCUCAACACCCGUGCCCAUUGACUGCUCCUAAAGGACUUCAGAUAAGCAUUAAAGGGGAAAGUCUGGCUGUUAAGCCUGGAGAAGAUGUCACCUUUAUUGUCAGACAAGAUCAGGGGGAUAUUUUAAAUACCAAGUACCAAGUGAAUCUUGGUGAUGGAGUUAAGGCAAUGUACGUGAACCUCACAUUGACAGGGGAACCCAUUCAGCACCGCUAUGCAAAUCCUGGAGUUUACCGUGUCUCAGUGGUGGCAGAAAACGCUGCUGGCCAAGAUGAAGCAAUUGUGUUUGUUCAGGUUCAGUCUCCGCUGCAGGCUUUGCAUCUAGAAGUCGUUCCUGUCACUGGCAGAAACCAGCAUGUGAAUCUGACCGCCAUCAUCCUGCCAAGGAACGCAAACUUCACACUGUUUUCCUGGUGGAUUGGAAACAACCUUCAGCCAGUUCUUACACUGGAGAAUUUUUUGGUGACUAGUUUCACAGAGGUUGGGGAAGUCAGAGUUACAGUUCAGGCUUCUUGCGGAAACUCCAUGCUCCAGGACUCCAAGAUUGUCCAGGUUUUAGACCAUUUUCAAGUACUUCCACUCAGAUUUUCUGAACAUCUGGAUUUGUACAAUCCAGAUAUUCCAGCCUGGCGGGAAGACAUUGGCCACGUGGUAACACAGCGGAUAUCAAAGGAAACAGGCAUACCUGAAGAAAGUCUUGUGACAGUGGUAAAACCUGGACUUCCCACAACAGCAGAUUUACAUGUUCUGCUAUCAAUUAAUCACUUGAAAAGAAAGAGAACCAUGUCUACUGACAAGAGAAUAGCUGCUAUUAAACAGUCUUUGAAUGCCCAUAACAUCACUUUCUUCACAAGAGGAGGACAGUGGGUCUUUGUGACUUUAGAUGGCUCCGAUUCAGAUUCACAGAGCAUUGGAGGAGGUGGAGGAUACUGGGCAAUAAUGGUCCUUUUCAUCAUCUCUCUGGUAGCAGUAGGAGCAAUCAUCCUUUACAAGUUUAAAAGGAAACUGCCAGGGCGAAAUGUCUAUGCCCAGAUGCAAAAUGAAAAAGAGCAGGAGAUGACCAGCCCAGUAAACCACAGGGAAAAUACCCAAAACAUCAUCCAAGGGGAAGAGUUCAUUGAUGAUGACCUUGACUGUCAAACCUUGGGAAAUGCAAGAGUGACUCCUUCUGGGAGAGGUGGAAACUUGAACAGCUACAGAGUUCCCUUAUUGCUGAUGGCAGUCAGUGUCCAGUCCCAGGCAAUCUCUCAGGCGUGGUUCUGAGCAUUAAUUCCAGGGAGAUGCACAGUUACCUGAUUAGCUGAUAAUCCCAACCGAAUUCAUAGACAAGACUCUUCCACUGUUGGAUUCCUCCUUUCCCCCUCGGAAGACCUAACUAAACGCGGGAAGGAGAUUCUUACAUUGUCUUGACGUUAGGUACAGCCAUGUGCUGCUUGGAGAGAAGGUUAAUACACUUUGUGUUCAUGGCUAUUGACUUUUGUUUUUUACACCUCAAACUAAAAUAGCAGAUCUGUAGUCCUAGGCACACUUGCAACUACUUUUCUAUCUCAUGUGUCCUUUUCUUUCUGUAUGUCGCAUUUAAUCAAAUGCAUACAGCACUGUGGCAGUAUCAAGUAGAAAGCUGUAAUUCUUGAGCCAUGAAGACUGGCUAACAAAACAGUUGGCAAGGUGAAGUAGAGAUCUAGUGGAAGGCUGGGAAUGGUUUCCGAUUUAAAGGAGUGACUCCUGGAUCCUGAUGUGGCACAAACUGAAGAAUUCUGAGCAGAUGCUGCCAAGAGAGAUACUGAAACCUCCCUAGCAUGCCUCCCUCAGAAGCAGUGGAAGCCUGGGCACAACAUCAGUGUGAGAAACCAGUAUGAAUGCUUCUUAUACUAUUCACCUUGCUACCAAGAAGCUGCCUGCCUUGUUUUGCUCCCAGACUAGGUUCCCUCCUUACAAAACACCAUCUAUCCUGCUGGAAGAGGGUCCCACUAGGCCAACUAGUAGUUUGCAACCCACAUAAUUACAUUGUAUUCAGCUUGGGCUGCCUUACCUUGUUUUGGUCUCCAGAACAGCAAGUGUAAUUACUUUAUUUUUAAAUUUCUGUAACUGUUUUUGGUAUCUUUUUAAACUUUCUAUUUUUAUAGCUAUACAAACAUUCCUAUCUCAGGAUAGUGCUCUCAGAGCAGCAUAUUUGGAACACGCUGUUUUAUUAUUUCCCCUGUUUCUACUGAGGAGCUGAAGAAACUGAAAAUAUCACUGCCUUGGAUGUGUUUGACAAUCUGGUGAAUUAAAUUUCAGAAAUAACUCCAUUUAAGCGAUUGCACUUUCUCAGUUUAACCCCCUAGGUACCAGGCCUCAUUCCUCAGAGUGGAGCCGAAGAGGACAAUUGUCUUGUGUCAGAAUUGCUGUUAUUUGGGAGAUGUGCAAGUUUAGUUUUGUGGUUGCUUAUCCUACCCCUAGUAGAGACUAAAAUGGCAAAGCUGCAGCCAGAAGAGUGGCAUUUGCUCUGAGAGACAUGUGUAGGAAAUGAAUUACAAAGCUACUUGGAAUAGUGUAUUGAACAUAUUUCUCAUAAUCUCACCAUUUGGAAAGAACUACCAGAGUGACCCCAGUACGUUUUAGCAGAGGUUACUGAAUGCCAGUGAGCAACCAAGCAUUAAAUGAGAGGAAAUUGCACUACUGGAUGACAACAUUUCCAAGAUGCCAAUGCAUUCCUUCUGCUGAAAGCACAUCCCAUUUUGUCUUCAUGUAUAUUGUCCUCCUCCAAGCACUAAGGCAAAUCCUGCAGAACUAUGUCAAGCACAAUGCAUUCAGGAACUGACCAUCCAAGUGGAUGAGAAUACUGCUGGGAAUCAAUGGCAAGUCUUGUUUGCCACCCGCCUCAGGAUCUCUGUUUGUCUUUGUCUGUGAGUAAAUUGAAUUGCCCUGCACAUUUGCUGAUACAAGAGCGACAUCUCCUUGCUGCCUUACCUGUACAAAAGAUAAGAACAGCGGCUGAGGGAAUACGGCAUUAAAGCAUCUCAAAGAAAGAAAGAGGGAGUCAUCUGAAACUAUUUUUGUGCUUUGGAAUCCUUGGCAUGUUUGAACAAAGGGACUAAACUCCUUGGUUUGCUCUUCAUGCCACUGCUGGCAAGGAAAACAUCAAAAACAGUACAGAAUAUAUAGUAGGAGGAAACCUGUCCUUUAGACUGGAGAGCAAUUUUGAGAAAACUUAUAAAGACAACAAAAAGGUAGGCUACUGAGGAUCUAGGGCUCACAUCUGCAGACUGAUAGGUUUUACAACUCUAACAGAAAGAGUCUUGUUUGCACUUAAUAGUGCUACAUUGAAAGAGCUAGCUUAAUGGGGAACUCUUUACCAAAUGCUAAGCAAUCAACUGGUUUCCAGUUUAAUUAGUAAAUUCUGGAAUUUUAGUUUGCUGAAAUAGAACAUCUUGACUGUAUAGAAUAGAAAGUCACAAUAUGGAGAUCUUAAAAGGGGAGCACCUUGCGGUGGUGUGAAUAUGAGGGGUGGGGUUGCCCCCAUAAACGAAAAAGCUGCUCUAACUCAAAGCAAAAGCAAAACUCAAAUCUGUUUCCAGCCUUCAGCUUGUUUGAGUGCAUCUUCUCUUGCCUUUGUAUUUGCAAGUGGAGGUUCAUGGUGCUUAGCCCUUAGUCAAGAAGGCAAGGGGGUUAGUUGCUCUUGCCCCUGGGUUUUUUCAGUUUGCCAGAAACCUGGUACAUCUAGUCAACCAAUUUAUCUUUGUUUGAACUUGUGAUGUGAUAAGGCAUUUCAGGUGCCCUGACAUUUAAGAUCAGUUUUCAACAGCCUGGUACCUUCAAGAUGUGUUGGGCUACAACAACCAUCACUGCCAGCUAUGCUUGAUGGGGUUGAUGGAGGUUGUUGUUUAAUACUUGUGAAAAGCAUCAGACUGGGAAAGGCUAUUUAAGAUUUGCGUAGAAUACAGGAUUUCACAAAUCCAAGGCUUUCACAAUUUAAACUGAUGAAAAUGGCACCUUGGUUUGGGUGUGCAGUCAUGGACAAAUUGUUCCUUCGUUAAAAAUUUUUAAGACUCGUGUGUAUUGCUCCUAAAUUAGCAGACCAAAAGCCUUGUGACAAGAGAAUGAUAACUAGAUGAUACAACUGCUGAACUUACCAACUGGCACAAAGUCAGUAUUAAUUGCUUAAAUUUGGCUCAAUUUCAAUAAGAGACUGAAGAAUGUAAUUCCGUCUUCUUAAAUCAGUGUGCUCCUGCCCUAUGACUUAGAUCAGUGGUUUUGGCCUUCAACACCCAGAAAUCCUAACAGCUGGUAAACUAGCUGGGAUUUCUGGAAGUUAUAGGACAAAACACCUGGGGACUCACAGGUUGAGAACCACUGACUUAGAUGAAGGUAGUUUAGGAGAGGGAAAGGAAUUAUGUAGCAGAGAUGGGCCACAAUUGGAGACUUUGUCCAGUGUACUAGUCAAUAUAUAGUAGCUAAAAAAUUUUAAACGGAAAGAAGGUGCUUCCAGUGCCAUGAUAAAAACAUUACACAAGCAAGCAGACAAACUUUAGCAACUCCAAAAGUAUCUCAGUGGCCACUUCUGUCAGACACAUCCGCUCCUUGAUAAGCAGUAGUGUUUUGCUGCUUUUUAAAUUCCUAAGCUGUGCCAGAAGCACCUGGACUAGGAAAUUAUCAUAAUAAAACAGCUAUAUUACUAAACCAGAUGGUUAGCAAUAGAGGUGAACUUGCUGUUUCCAACUUAUUGGCAAAGAAAAGGUUCCUCUCCUUAGAACAGUGGUUCUCAUCCCCAGAUGUUUUGGCCUUCAACCCCCAAAAAUCCUAACAGCUGGUAAACUGGCUGGGAUUUCUAGGAGUUGUAGGCCGAAACACCUGGGAACCCACAGGUUGAGAACCACUGCUUAAGAGGGAAAUCAUGCUGCACUUGCUUUGAACUUCCAAGUAACACUGUCUGCUAUUAGUGCUCCUCCUGUUCCUCUGGUUCAGGUCCAAUUACAACUGAUACCUGGAAGUGUAGGACACACAAGUUGUGGCUCCACAUCAGUCCUGGAUGAUGUAGGAUAGAAACGACCAAGUAUUCAACUUGAUAAAGGUAAAUGCCAGGUGAACCCAAAAAUGUCAUUGCAUUUAGACUAUGAAUCUUAAACUAUGCUUGCAUGAGAUUCCUGGUUUUAGGGGAUCAGUCUUGGUACAUGUGACUUCUUUUGGCCCCAGUUGGCAACUGACUGUUGUAACAGCACUUCAUAAUUUAUCCUGUUCAGAUGAUAUUUAAUGUAAUAGCCACCUGACUGUUAGAUCUGGCAGUUGUAAAGAGUUGCUGCUCAUGUCUGGCAGGGAAGUGACAAGCGAUGCUUUCUCUUCCUAGAGUCCCUUCCAGUCCCUGGGAAGGGAUUUAUAAUUUUCAUCACUAUCCCAAUGCAAGCCAAGCUUUACAUAGCCUUUGAUAUUUGUCCUCCUUUCCUGUGUUCUGUUUCCAUCUUUCAAAAAAGAAAAAAGAGGAGCCCCUCUUAAGCACUAUCCAUCUAGCACUGCCCACCAAAAGAAAAACACACAAGAGAGGCCCUGCUAGUGGCUUCAUGUUUGUGGAAUUCUUUUCCCUUGGAGGUUUUCCAGAAAGCAGCCCUAAGCAUAUUUAGGAAACGGAGCAUUCCAGCAAAAAUUAGGUGUGUCUAAAUGAAGACUUAAGUGUUCUGUUGUGCAUAUUCAUUCCAUUGUUUCCAAGUGGGACUUGGGCACACCUAGCUUUCUUUGGAUUGCAUCCAUUGUAUAUAUACACUUUGGGCUUUGGCAAGCAGUAAGAAUGAGCUAUGGGAGUAUUUUGAUGGAGUAAGUUAUAUUUGUUCUCCAGCCAUUGGAGUUAGGUCAGCACUAUGUAAGAUAAAUAUUUCCAAAAAGGUUACAUAAAAAAAUGGUGAUUAGAAUGGCCUGGAUUUUCUUAAGCUUAUUUGAUGUUCUAAUGCUGUGGUAUCAAACUUCAGGUGUUUGGGACAGCACCCAUAAUUCCUUGCCAUUGGACAAGCUGGCUGGGGCUUUUGGGAGUCUGAACAUCUGGAGGACCACAAGUAUGACAUCUCAGUUCUAAAGUGAUCCUUCAGUAUACCAUCACACUUUCCAAAUGUCCCAGGUUUUCAGGGGCAAGGCCAGUUAAUCUUCUGUCAUCUCACUUUGAAAUGUCCCUGAUUCUCUCUUCUCACAUGUUCCCAUUUUGUCCUUCACUUACUUCAUUUGCUGCAAACUGACUUCAAAGUGCAGAAGUAGAUUGUGCUCACUUAGCUGUAGGGAGAGGAGGGAGUGGAGUCUUGCCCUUCUUUUGAUCACAUGCUGAUGUUGCUUUACCACAGAUGUCCCAAUUUGCAUUUGUGAAAUAUUGGGAGGGUAUGAACCAUAUGCCACCUACUCCCAAAGCUGCAUGGAAAAGAUUUGACAGCCUUCCUUUUGAUAACCGUGCUUGGUAUUUUUUUUAAACCUAGCCAGCUGCCAGAACUUUCCAUUUAGUUUUUGUAAGCUGGCCUUUUAUCAACAAUGUUUUCUAUGUUUACAAAUAUAUUUUGCUAUAGCUCACCUCAUCCUCAAGAGUCAGGAUAAUAAUUUAAAGCAGUAGUAAUUCCUUUAAAACACACUUCCAGUGUAUCCAGAAGAUACAAGAUAUUAAGGCUUGAACUGCUGUGAGUCUUCAGAACUGGGAACUCUGCAGCUAAGUGAAGGGAAAGCAACUAAGAAUGUGGCUCUGUGUUGUUUGAAGAUAGAGCUUAAAGGCACUUUUUUUACGGAUCACAGCUGGAGGAUACUGUUAAUGAUUUGUUGGGCCUAAUCUAUUUAUAAAUUCAAACCACACUUUAAAUUUGACAAUAAGAGAGUACGGCAAUGAGAGAGUAAGGGAAGUGAUGUGACAGCUAGCAUGUUAUUUUGGUUUGAAUACUGGAUUGUGACUCUGGAGACUAGUUUGAUUCCAUGUUUGCCAUGAAAACCUACUAGAUGACCUAGGGUAUGUCAUAUCAUAUUUCACUGCAUAAUAGUCGCACCCCCUACAGUUUGGGGGGGGGGGUGUUCCUAACUAUUAUGUGAUAGUGACUCUUUUGCAGUAAAACAAUACCCCUUUGAGGGGCUUCUUUUGCAGUGUAAUACUCCCUGUGAUGGUCCAGCCAGACCCUCACUCGGGGAAAGCGGGCAGGCAGGUGGGGAGCUGAGUUGAGUCCCACAGCACCAAAAGCGCAGUAACACGCUUAAAUGUGGCGAGUUAACUAAGGGUACACCUAUUAUGUGGGGAAGAGCAAACAUACCAAUUUUGCCUCCCCUAAAAGGUGUGUGAUUAUUAUGCAAGGGUGACUAUUAUGUGGCUGAGAAAAGCAAAGGCAACCUCCCUCUGAUCAAAUUUUGCCAAAGAAGACCCAUGAUAGGUUUGCUCCAGGGUUGCCAUAAAUCAGAAAUGCACAUAGCAACAACAAAACAAUCUAAACAUACCCUUAGUGAUCUGUCAGAUUGGAAUGUGCCUUCUGUGAUCACUGAUAUCUAUGAACCAGCUUGGAAUAUUCUAGGUAAAGGGAAAGGUUUCCCCUUGACAUUAAGUCUAGUCAUGUCCAACUCUGGAGGUUGGUGAUCAUCUCCAUUUCUUAGCUGAAGAGCCGGCGUUGUCCAAAGACACCUCCAAGAUCAUGUGGUCGACAUUUUUUUCCGUGUCAGGAGCAACUUGAGUCGCUUCUGGAGUGAGAGAAUUGGCCGUCUGCAAGGACGUUGCCCAGGGGAUGCCCGGAUGUUUUGAUGUUUUUACCAUCCUUGUGGGAGGCUUCUCUCAUGUCCCUGCAUGGAGCUAGAGCUGAUAGAGGAAGCUCAUCCACACUCUCCCCGGGUGGGAUUCGAACCUGGUAGCUUUCAGGUCAGCAACCCAACCUUCAAGUCACUUAGUCCACUACGCCAUCUGGGGGCUCCAUGUGGUCGACAUGACUGCAUGGAGUGCAGUUAUCUUCCCGCUGGAACAGUACCUAUUGAUCUACUCACAUUUGCAUGUUUUUGAACUGCUAGGUUAGCAGAAGUCCCCACUCCCUGGAUUCGAACUGCUGACCUUUUGGUCAGCAAGUUCAGCAGCUCAGCAGUUUAACUUGCUGCGCCAUUGAGGGCUCUGGUGUUAAAAGAGAAAGUUGCUGGCUCUGAUAAGAAGGGGGGCAGCCCUUUCCUACCAAAGAGAGUUUGGAAAGAAGUGGCUCUGGCCAAUCUGAAUUCUCAACUUCCAAUAAUAAACUGGAAACACUUCCAAGGCUGCAUCCCCACAAGAAGAUCCUAUAACCCACUCGCCCUUACAAUCUCUGGAGAAAUUCCCCAUACCUCUGGCUUACUUGGCAUUGCCUUUACCCACUCCCUGCUAUAUCUACACUGCAAUUUCAGGUUAGCAUCAGUUGAAAAAACCAAACCACCAGCUUAAUGUGGCACCUAGUGUUCGAUUAUAGCCAGCAACAUCAUCAUCAUCAUCAUCAUCAUCAUUAUUUAUAUCCUUUUGUAUUCCUUCUGAAAGGGACUCAAAAUGGCUUGACAUAAAAGCAUUAGUAUACAAUUAAAAAUAAAUAAACAUUAAAACAGAAUUAAACACAAACAGCACUAAAAAUCAGUUAAAAACUAUCAAAAACACAUUCAAAGUUAAAAACCACAGCACUCCAUUACUUGAUUUUAAAUACCGUCAUCUUUAAAAGCCUGUCUGAUUUGAAAGUUUUUAAGCCUAUAAUGAGCAGAGAAGCAGCAGAGUAGGUUGCAUCCUAAGAGACACUACUGGUAUGGAACUGGGAACAGAAUCGUCACACAUUCUUUUGAGUUCUUCGGCAGAAAUGAGUAGGACUACUCAUUGAAACUCAUUCUGCUUUCCUGCCUAGGUUUAGAAAUACAUAGUCGUAAUCCCCCUUCAGUGCUGUAACUAAAAGCUUAAUGAUGGAAUACUGCAAAGGGAUAGAAGAUUGGAACAUUUAUUUGUAGGCCAGGAGGUGGGACUCCUGUAGAUCUCCAGAUGCUGCCAGAAUGCAAAUCAUAGGCCUGGGCAGCAUCAACAAUGCUGAGGAAUGUGCAGAGUUGCAAUCCAGCAAUAUCCAGAAGAUCACAUGAGCCUCACUUGUUCUAGGAACAUGGAAAACAUUGAGCCAAGGUGCUUCCUUCCACGUGCUAAUUAUUAGAGAUUUUGGAAGCCAUGAAUCCUGUAGGCAGCUGUGGCAUGCAUGGCGAUGCCUUGUAAAAUAGUAAGUCUGGUAAACGUCAGCAGAGCUACUGAUAUCAAUCAGCCAAUUGAGCAGGAAAGGAAAGUGGCCAGUAUGUUAACAGAGAUUCAUUGUGACCAGAUGGCCCAGGCAGGCAUUCAAGCAUCCCCUCCUGCAAUGAGGAGGGCUGAUAAAUUGAGUAUGGAGCAAACAUCAGUGGGCCAGGUUGCAUGCUAAAACACUGCUCUCAAACUUGUGGAAACUGGCUGAGAACAGAAGAGGAGGCAGACAUAAUUUACUCACCUUUGCUUUGUUAGAUUUAGAUAUGUGCAAUAAGCUGAGGGAAACAGAAUUAUUUGCCUAGUGCUCCUUACAAUAGUCCCUCUCGUUCUGAAAUGCUUACAACACAAGGUGGAAGGGGUCUGAAGGACUGAACUGUUGUGUACUUCCCAGGCUGGAUCUACACUGCCAUUUAAUCCAGUAUCUGAUCCUAGACCUUUUUUUUUUAUCGUGUUAGAAGUGACUUGAGAACUGUGAGUCACUUCUAGUGUGAGAGAAUUAGCAUUGUACAGAGACAUUGCCAUGGGGAUGCCGGAUGUGUUACCAUCCUGCUGGGAAGCUUCUCUCGUGUCCCCGCAAGCUAGAGCUGACAGAUGGGAGCUCAACCCAUCUCACUUAUUCAAACCGGCAACCUUCCGGUCAGCAACCCAAUCUUUAGGCCAGCAGUCCAGCUGGCAAAAGGGUUUAACUAACUGCACCACCCCGGCUCCAUGCUUGGUAUUAGAUUAUUUGCUUUGGAUUAUAUGGGUCUGUACUUCCAUAUAAUCCACUUCAAAGCAGAUAAUCUGGGAUCAGAAGCUGCAUUAUAUAGCAGUGUUGAUGGGAUCUCAAGAAUCAUGUGGCAGCAGUUUUAGUAAGCAGAACUGUUCCACUCAUGGAAGACUUAUCCUAAAACCAGUGUGUGUGAAUUAGUCUCUCUAGAAAAUGCUAAGAGCCCAUGUAACUUGAAAUACUGUUAUGAAAUGUACAGUUAAAGGCUUUUGAUUUCUGCAUGCAAAUCUCAGUCCAUGGAAAUCAUUAUUUCUAUAGAUAUUGAAGGUGCAAGACAACCUUCCAAAUUUCCUACACUCAUAGGAGCAGGAGGCCCCAUUAAGCACUGUACUCACAAUGUGAAAACAUGUUUAACUUGGUUUAUCACAUGAAUAAUUAUCACAAGUUUUUCCAUUGUUUGUGUCACUUAGUUUUAAUGUGAGAAUAUCGGACACCUUUUCCUAUUUCUAUUUUAGAUAAUGUUAUCCAAGUCUCUUUGUAUACAACACAAAAUAAAAGGGGUUCAUAACUGUUGAAAUGGGUUCGAGGGUGGGCAGGAUGGAGGCGUCUGUAUAUUUUUGUAUAUAUGAAACAGACAAAAUGACAGUUUUUUAUAGCAAUAUGGUUUGGUUUUGAGACACAGCAACAAAUAAGUUUUGAAGAUGCUUUAUGUUAACACUUAACUGGGAGUCAUUUGCACAAUCAGUAGUUCAAUCUACAUAGCCAAUUCUCUAAAUUAAAACAUGCCACAGAUUUGAUAAAAUAUUUAUAAGCUGCACAAUGCAACCUGUGACUGUUCUGUGCAAAUAUGUUGGAAGUCAACUACUGUAUCCAAAGGAAUGCAUUUGUUCCAAGAAAAUGUACCACAAAAUUUCCCUCAUUAAAAAUGGUUUGCCACUCUA